CUCACCGCUGCCUCCCCGCAGCCGGACGGCCCCCCCUAACGCUGUUAGCGCUGCUCCCGCUGCUCUCACCCCCUCUUGUCCCACCGCAGCGUGCUGGGGCUCCCCGAAAGCGCUUCAGGUCCUGGGGAGGUGCCAUGUCCUGGACAGCUCUGGCUGCCCUGGCAGACCCUUGGCUGGGUUCAGUCCCUGCGUGUCAGUCCCUGGGGGCUGCGCCCCUCUCCUGGGGAGGACAGGGCCGCCUUCACCCCCCGCCCCCAUUUCUGUCUGUCCUCUCCCCAGCCCCGGCCCCAGACGGCCGCUGGCGGUGCGGGGAGGCGGCAGCUCUGCCGACAAACCCUCGAGGCUGCCUCGUCCCUCAUGCCGAGCGUUGUGUGCAGGAGGAGCUCACCAGCUCCAGCGUGGAGCACCUCACCAUCGACUGGAACGCCACCUACGAGAAGUUCAAGGACAAGCACCUGAGCACCGAGGGAGUGGAUUCCUCUGAUAACAUCAGCAAGCCCAGGACAACAGGCUACAAGUCUGGGGAGUGUGAAAUUCUCGGCGAGGGUCUUGGUGCCAAAGAGACGCCCCAGCAGCGGUACCAGCGGCUGCAGCACGAGGUGCAGGAGCUGUUCAGGGAGGUGGAGCAGAUCCAGGGUAAAGGCCGCCUGUAGGUAUCACCACAGGGAAAAGGAAAUGACCGCUUACAUUUCAUGAAGCGUACGUUUAGUUCCUGGUAAUUCCCUGCUUCAGAAGGACCACAGAAACAGUAAAUGGACAAAAAGGGGGCAAUUCUUCUCUAAUGAUAGCCUGGUGUACGUGCUUUUCAAUGAAACGCUAAACACGGUGCAGGCAUUACCUACCGUAUUCGCAUAUGCUUCGCUGUUCUAAUGGCAUGAGCAUUUUCCUGACUUGCUCAAACCUCUACCGUGAGUCAGUCCUCAGGGCCAAGGAGCAGAACGGCAAAUGGACGGAGCGUAGUUCAAAGCUGAGUAAAAGUACCACUGAACAAUGUACAAGCGUCGAUGCUUUAUUUGUCUAAAUAUGGUACUGAUGACUCUCAUGUAUGAAGUUACCUCACGAUUAUUAAAACGAAGAGGAGGCACAUCCAGUUCCUGGUGUGGAUCCUCUCAUCUGACCUGGGUCUCUCUUGCUGGGCACUCUCUAGUUCUUUCCAAGACUAAGAAGCUGCAGAUAAGUUACUUAGGGAACAACUAUUCUUCGUGAAGAAUGGAGAGCCCCGACAGUGCUCAGGAGAACGCCUGUUGUAUUUGCUUCACAGGGAAUAGAACAGCAGUCUUCAAAACCCGCCACUGCCUUGGAUAGCAAAGCCCCAAACUCAAGUACUUAGAAAUAUUAAUAACGGGAAUUAGUAUACCUGACAUUAGGAGGCCAUUUAUAUCUAUUUCAACUAACGUGUAGAGAUAGCUGCUAUGAUGGCUUAAGAGAGCAUUUGAAGAUCGGUACUCUGCAAAGUGUUCCAGGUAUUUACCGAUGCAGGUCCCUGUAAGCAGAUGGGGGGAUGAUCUCCUCUAUUGCCGCCACUGAUAAAAAUCACAGCUAAAAACUGUCAAAAGACAUUGAUUUACAAUCCAGGGAUUUGAAACCUAAUUUAAACCCAAACGCUAAGAUUAGGAUACGUGUCUCCCCUUUCUGUGAUUGAAAGGAAACUCCUCUGCUUUCAUGCUCGAGAGAUUUCUUGCCAAGCGCUAACUGCCUUCACAAAAUACUACACGCAGAGGCAGGAGUGAGUUAGCGCCACGUGAUGUGAGUGACGGUAAAUGGAACCGGGUCAGCCACGCCAUCUGUCUUCAGAUCUCAUAAUUUUUACAUCAGGGAUUUCUGACACCUUGGGAUGAACGGUGCGGUAUUGUAGCAAUGGCAGUAAGAACUUUCUCAGUCAUCUCCAACUCGGGCCAUAUUUCCGUCAGCUUUUCUCAGAAGAUAAUUGGUGUACCGCGAAGCCAACCUCUGGAAAUUCCAAGUGUUCCUUUGAAAGCAUGUGAAAUUCCCCCCAAAUUAGGUAGCAAAUAUCCCCUCUUCAUUGACUUGCCAAGAAACAAAAGAAAAGCCAGGAGAACAUUCCAUGGGAUCUAACAAGCACAAGGAUUCAAUAUUUUAGGGAAAAAAAAGUAAUAACACUCAGUGAAACCAACUCAAACCAAUACGAAAGUUAAUCGCGAAACUGCAAAUUAUUUCUUUUUGUGGCGAUCCAUAGAGACUCCACGUCUGUAUCAUUUUUGUGGGCCUCCUAUGGACCCGCUCUAACAGGUCCAUGUCUUUCUUGUACUGAGGAGGCCAGAGCUGGAUGCAGUACUGCAGGUGGGGUCUCAUGAGAGUGGAGCAGAGGGGGAAAAUCCCCUCCCUCCACCUGCUGGCCACGCUUCUGUGGAUGCAGCCCAGGACACGAUUGGCUUUCUGGGCUGCAGGCGCACAUGGCCGGCUCAUGUCCAAUUUGUCAUCCACCAGGAUCCCUGAGUCCUUCUCCGCAGGGCUGCUCUCACUCCAUUCAUCCCCGAGUCUGUACUGCUAUUGGGGAUGGCCCUGAGCCCGGUACAGGACCUUGCUCUGGGCCUUGUUGAACUUCAUGAGGUUUGCUGCACCACUCGGCUUGGUGUC